CAGCAUUGUGUGUGUCUACACCUUCCUCCUGUUAGUCGCUAACUGUGAGGCUCUCGCGUGGCUUUGCUGCCAGUGUGAGGAGGAGGGCGGAGAAGAGAUAUGGCGUCCUUAACAUUACGCCGAGCUUGUGUUUGGGCGCUGGGCUCCUGCGCGCAGGGAUUUAUUCAGUCAAAAGUCAUAGUUCCUAGGCUUGCAGCAUGCAGACUCAAGUCUACAGUGCAGUAUUUGACCCGUCAAGAUUUACCAAAAUUGGCUUACCAGAAGCUAAAAGGCAAAAGUCCUGGAGUCAUUUUCCUGCCAGGUUUUUCCUCUGAUAUGAAUGCCCAAAAAGCAGUAGCCCUUGAAGAGUUCUGCAAAUCUCUUGGACAUUCUUUUAUCAGGUUUGACUAUACUGGAUGUGGCAGUUCUGAAGGAAACUUUAAAGAAUGCACAAUCGGAGGGUGGAAAAAGGAUGUUCUGCAUGUGUUGGAUUCACUGUCUGAAGGACCACAGAUAUUGGUUGGAUCGAGCAUGGGAGGAUGGCUCAUGCUUCUUGCUGCAAUAGCUCGCCCUGACAGAAUAGCUGCCCUUGUCGGUGUAUCGCCUGCUGUGGAUCAUUUUGUGACAGUGUUUAAUCAACUUCCUCUUGAGGAAAGAAAAGCAAUAGAAGAAAAAGGUGAAUGGAAGUUUUCUUCAAAAUACAGUGAGCAAGGCUUUUAUGACAUGCCAUAUUCAUUUAUUAAAGAAGCCGAGAACCAUUGUUUGUUGAAAGGCCCUGUUCCCAUAACGUGUCCUGUUCGACUGAUCCAUGGAAUGAAAGAUGAAGAUGUCCCUUGGCAUGUGUCGGUGGAGAUUGGUGACUGUAUUCUUAAUGCAGAUGUAGAUAUCAUUCUCCGCAAACAUGGCCAACAUCGUAUGAGUGAGAAGGAUGACAUUAAACUAAUAGUGUACACUAUUGAUGAUUUGAUCGAUAAGCUGACAACAUUAGGAUGAUUAACCAAAUAAACUGCAUGAGACAAUACCCCGAAACCUCCAUGCAUAUAUAGCUGCUCCCUUGCCUUAACUGCAAACAGAGUGCUCCUUUUCUAUUGCACACCAGUUUAUAUAUGUUUUCUACUGCUCAAGUAUUUACAUUUUCUAAAUUUGUAGCAGUAAAUGUGAAUUUUUAUUUGAACUGUACAAAAUAUGAUCCUUACCCCAUUCAACACCAGAGCAUGUGUAAAUUCUAAGAAACAAUAAAUGGAGAUAUUUCUAUUUCACAAA